GGCUUUCCUUGUGGCGAAGAUGGAAAGAGAACUGGCUGUGAUCUUCAACAAGCUGAGCUUCGUGGAACACGUCCUGGCUGACAGGCUGGACGUGGAGAAGAAGAAGAUGGUGGACCUCUGUCGCAAGAUGCGCAAGCUCGGGCUGCAGCACAUGUGCGACAUCAAGGGCUCGGCUUCCAUCAAGGCCGACUCCGAGGCACCGGAAGCCAGUCGCAUCGCAAGCAUCUUGCGCGCACAGGACGCCUGGCCCGAGCCUCUGACCUCCAUUGACUUUGCCCAUCGCCUUGCAACGCAGCAACGGCAGCUGGUGGACAAGUCCGAUGCCUUCAGGUUAACGUCUCCCAACG